UCGGUUCAUGUAUAGUAAGUCUUACGUGGGUGAUUUUUACUGUUUUCACAACACAAUGUGUCGUAUGUGUAAAUAUGAUGCAGGGUGGUUGUUGAGAAAUUGAGCAAAAGAUGCCUGGGGUUCUAGGUCAUAUAAUCACUGAUAUGGCUUUCUUUGACGGGGCUGAACUGACACAAACAUAUUGAAAACUAAAAUAAAAAAUGGAUGAGAAAAUGACAGAAUGACAUUGAUAUGAAGUUCCCAACAAACCCAGUAGGUGAGCCUUCUCCAUACAAGAUCUUUUUCCCCAUUCAACUCUUUGACAUGAAAAAAUAUAAACAUUCUGCAUUCUUUGUCCCUACUGCAGAGAGUUUCCAAUACCAGAGAACUUGAAUUAAUCAUGGUUUACAACAGAUAUGCAUCUCCUUUUGUGUCAGUUUUUGUUGCUGUUAUAAUCUUUUCUCUUGCAGGUAACUUAGCGGCAUAUGACAUUCUGGAUCCUAAUGGGAACAUAACUAUUAAAUGGGAUGUGAUGUCUUGGACUCCAGAUGGUUAUGUGGCGGUGGUGACAAUGACCAAUUUUCAAAUGUACCGGCACAUAAUGAGCCCUGGAUGGACAUUGGGAUGGACAUGGGCUAAAAAGGAAGUGAUUUGGUCAAUGGUGGGAGCUCAAGCUACAGAACAAGGAGAUUGUUCCAAGUUCAAAGGAAACAUACCUCACUGCUGUAUGAGAAAUCCCACAAUAGUUGACUUGCUUCCUGGAGUUCCUUACAACCAACAAAUUGCCAAUUGCUGCAAAGGUGGCGUUGUUGCAUCAUGGGGACAAGACCCUGCAGCUGCAGUUUCUUCUUUCCAACUGAGUGUUGGACUCGCAGGUACUUCAAAUAAAACAGUGAGGCUGCCAAAGAAUUUCACCUUGCUUGCUCCAGGGAAAGGCUACACAUGCAGCCCAGCAACAACUGUGCAACCAUCUCUUUUCUACUCAUCAGAUGGGCGUCGAACGACUCAAGCUAUGAUGACAUGGAAUGUGACAUGCACUUACUCACAAGUUCUGGCCUCCCGAAACCCAACCUGUUGUGUCUCGAUGUCAUCCUUUUACAACUCUACCAUCACCCCUUGUCAAAACUGUUCUUGCGGCUGCCAAAACAGAAACAAUUGUGUCAAGAGUGCUUCAGAGAUCAGGAGUACUGUGGAAACAAACAUACCAAGUAACACACCAUUGCUACAAUGUACACAACAUAUGUGUCCUGUCAGGGUCCAUUGGCAUGUGAAGCUCAAUUACCAGGACUACUGGCGGGUCAAGAUUUCCAUCACUAAUUUCAACUAUGCAACUAAUUACACAGAAUGGACACUCGUUAUUCAGCAUCCGAAUCUCAACAAUGUCACUGAAGUUUUCAGCUUUGACUACAAGCCACUCAUCCCAUACAACUCUAUAAAUGACACAGGAAUGUUCUAUGGCAUAAAGUUCUUCAAUGAUGUUUUAAUGCAAGCUGGACCAGAUGGAAAUGUACAGUCAGAGUUGAUUCUGGAAAAGGAUAUAAAUACUUUCACAUUUAAGCAGGGUUGGGCAUUUCCUCGGAAAGUCUACUUUAAUGGGGAUGAAUGCAUGAUGCCGCUUCCUGAAGAUUUUCCAUAUUUACCCAACUCUGCUUACAGAAAUCCAACAGCAUCAUCAUCAGCAGUUGCAGGUUUUUUGGUUUUGUUAUUGCUAGGAUUUUCGUGACUGUAAUUGAAUAGAGAUUGACACAGCCUGGUGUAAGAUCAGCUAAAUCUUCAGGAAUAGGUAUGUUUCCACUUUGAAGCCAAUCCUGAAAACAAAAUGAUUCAAAUAGUGAUGUUGCUUCAUUUGAGUAUAAGCCUUUGUGCAAUAAUAAUAAUAGAUAAAACUUUAGUUGAA